GAGCUUCCGCAGCAGCCGAAGCACGCCGGAGAGCAGCGCAACGCAAAUGGCAGUGGGAUUCCGCCGGCGGCUCACCGCGCUCAGCGUCCCCAAGGCCGCCUUGCUCCGCCGCACGCGGCACAAGAAGCUCUCCUACUCCCGCGUCCGCUCCAACAGCCUGCCCGGCCGCUUCCACCCCGUCGUCGCGGGCCUGCACGAGUCCGCGAACGCGCUCAUCGCCUGGACGGAGGAGCCGGCGCAGGCCAGCCCGGCGUGGAUCGGCGACGGGGUGACGCACCUGGGCCGCCUCCUCGUGGGGCUCACCGACCUGCUCCACCACCCGCAGGCGCAGGACCCGCUCCAGCGCCGGAGCAAGACGGCGCCGUGGACCGAGCGCCUCCUGGACGACCUCCUCCUCCUGGCCGACGCGCACGGGUGCUUCCGCGAGGCGCUCCUGGCGCUCAAGCAGCUCCUCUCCGAGGCGCACGCCGCGCUCCGACGCCGCGACGCCACCCGCCUCGCCGCCGCGCUCCGCGCCAGGCGUCGGUCGGACCGCGACCUCGCCCGCCUCGCCUCAACGCUGCGCUGCCUCGCCCACCGAUCCACGUCCGCCGCGGCGACGUCCGACUCCAGCGAGGCAGCGGUGGCCGACGCCGUCGCCGCCGCCACGUGCGCUGCGGCGGCCGCGUCCGCCGCCAUCUUCGCCGGGCUCGCUUCCGCCUCCGCCUCGUCGUCCUCGCGCGCGAUGACGUCCCCGUUGGCCUCUCCGGCGAAGGUGGCUGCCGUGCCGGUGUGGUGGGUGGCCGACCUCCUUCGGUGGCGGCGGCGUACGGUGCCUUUGGAGGAGUGCUGCAACGAGGAGGAGGAGGAGAGGCAGGCAGCCAUGGAUCGGCUGCGGAGGCUGGAGGAGUGCGUCGUGGCGGCAGAGGACGGCUGCGAGCAGGUGUACCGGGCGCUCGUUAACGCGAGGGUGUCGCUGCUCAACGUGCUGACGCCGUGCUUUUGAUCCAUCCGGCGGUGUUUUUGGGGGGAAAAUUGCCUUCAAAAUUAGCACUCAAGACUUCAACCUUAAGUAGAGUGAUGUUACCAACCAAUUCUUUUUUCGUAGAUCGUGUGCAAAAUGUACAUGAUGUAUAGCAAUCGUUCUGAAAUGGAAUGAAA